AUGACCCGCGCGCCCGCCGUCCAUUCCCCCGCUCCCUUUACCCCGCACUUCAUCCACUCCCUCUCUCCCACGGUCGUCUCCCCCCCAACCGUGCUAGUCUUCCCUCCUCUCUCCCUGCCUCACCCUACCUGUCAAUCUGGUUUCUCCCCCAAACCCUGCCCCUGCAGCUUCAACGUGUAUGUGUCGCAAGCAGAAGUGAAGCCCGGGUGUGUGCUGCGGCAGAGCACUGUCACCGUGGGAGUGUCGUUCCCCGGAGUGGAGGUGCGCUUUGAGGGGGUGAGUGCGUCUGCCAAGGUCCGAGUGGGGAAGAGGGGCCUGCCCACGCUGCCCAACCAGCUCUCGAAUUCUAUCGGCGCAGUGCUGAGGGAGCUGCGGCUGGUCAAGGACCGGCGCUGCCUCUUCUUCGCUCUUGAUGGUUGCUCUGGCAUCCUCAAACCUGGCAGGAUGACGCUGCUGCUGGGGCCGCCAGGCAGCGGCAAGUCAACGCUGCUGAGGAUCCUGGCAGGGAAGGCGGAGAGGGAGCUGGGCGUGCAGGGCGAGGUGACGUACAACGGCCGCCCGGGGAGCGAGUUUGUGCUGCCGCGGUCCGUGGCGUUCGUGCCUCAGACGGAUACCCACAUCGGCGAGAUGACUGUCCGGGAGACCCUCGAGUUCUCCGCUCGCCUGCAGGGGCCAGGGCAGGUGGGGAUUGGUUUUGAGACGUCUCAAAACAGGGCAGGUGGGGAUUGGGGCAUGAGGUCAUGGAUGGGUGCUCUGACAGGAACAGGCAAGGUCUGUUUCAUGAUGUCUCAAAAGACGGACACCCACAUCGGCGAGAUGACUGUCCGGGAGACCCUCGAGUUCUCCGCUCGCCUGCAGGGGCCCGGCCACCAGGCAGCUCUCCUUCCCUCCCUCUGCCCCUCUCUCUCCCCCUUCCCUCCCUCUCUCCAUCCCUCCCUCCCUCCCUCCCUCCCUCCCUCCCUCCCUCCCUCCCUCCCUCCCUCCCUCCCUCCCUCCCUCCCUCCCUCCCUCCCUCCCUCCCUCCCUCUCUCCCUCCCUCCCUCUCUCCCUCCCUCCCUCCCUCCUUUUUUUCCUCCCUCCCUCCCUCGCUUCCUCUGCCCGUUUCCACUGCUCUCCUUCCCUCCUUCCCUGGUGCUGUGCUACUAUACAGCUCAAAUGGCCGUUCCUCGUUUUGAUCCCAACUACAACCUAUUUCGGCAGCUGGAGGAGAAAGAGCAGGAGGCAGGAGUCCAACCUGAUGACGUCAUGCAAGCCGUUAUGAAGGCGAUGGCCGAUGAGAAGCAGUGCUCGGAUGUUGUGGUGCAGUAUGUCCUUAAGAUGCUCGGUUUGGACGUGUGUGCUGAUGUCAUGUUAGGAGACAGCAUGCGAAGAGGAAUCUCCGGGGGGCAGAAGAAGCGGGUUACCACCGCCGAAGCACUGCUGGGCGCAAAGCAAGUCCUCGUAUUGGACGAGAUCUCCACCGGUCUCGAUUCUGCCACCACUUACCAGAUCACCCGGUGCCUACGCAACCUCACGCACUUCACUAAUACCACCACCCUCAUCUCCCUGCUGCAACCCGCGCCCGAAACCUUUGAGCUGUUUGAUGACGUCAUGCUGAUGUCAGAGGGGCGGAUUGUGUACCACGGGCCCAGGGAGGAGGUGCUGGGAUUCUUCCGGGAAAUGGGGUUUGCGCCGCCCGCCCGCAAGGGAGUGGCUGACUUUAUGCAAGAGGAACAGUACUGGGACCCCUCUCAGCCCCACCCAUACCGCUACGUGUCCGUCCGAGCCUUUGAGGAGGCCUUCCGAGCCUCCAGGUUUGGCAAGCAGAUGGAAGCAGAGCUCUCCAUUCCAUUCAAGAAGGAUAGGGGUGCAGUCAAAGGCGAGAAUGAGGGGAAAGACGUGAAAGACAAGGGAGAGGGUGAGGGUAAGGACGUGGAAAACGGAAAAGAGAAGGGAGAGGGAGACAGAGAGGAUGGGAGUGCGGCUCUUGCUCUAGCACAGAGGCGGUUUGGGCUCCCUCCCCUUGCCAUUCUCACCGUUGUGGGUGAUCGCGAGUGGCUGCUGAUGAAGCGGAAUGUGUUUCUCUAUAUCGUGCAGACCAUGCAGGUACAGCAGAUUCUUGUCACAAUCCUCCCCCUCGCUAUAGUCACAAUGUCAGUCUUCUGGCACUCCCAAUUCUCCACCACCCCUUUGGACGGCAAUUACUACCUGGGCGCCAUUUUCUUCGGUAUAAGCACAAUGCUGUUCAGCGGAAUCAUCGAGCUCACACUACUCACGGCCCGCCUGCCCAUCUACUUCCUCCAAAGGGACAAUCUGCUCUUCUCCGCCUGGGCCUGGGGUGUGCCCAUGGCGCUGCUCUCUCUGCCCAUCUCGCUGUGGUCUGCUGGAGUCUGGACGACCAUCACCUACUAUGGCAUCGGCUUUGCUCCUGAGUUCUCCCGCUUCAUCACCCAACUGAUCCUCUUCUUCAUCACCCACAUGGCUGCCUCUGCUCUCUACCGAGCCAUGGGAGCCAUUUUCCGCAGCACCACUCUCAUCAACACGCUUGGAAACUUCAUCCUCGUCCUCCUCUUCCUGCUCUCUGGUUUCCUUAUCACCAAAGAUGACAUCCACGACGUGUGGGUGUGGGUGUAUUGGAUCUCGCCCCUCACCUACUGCUCUCUCAUCCCAUCCCACUUCUCCUCUGACAUCCACGACGUGUGGGUGUGGGUGUAUUGGAUAUCGCCCCUCACCUACUGCCAGAACGCCUUCUCCUCGAAUGAGUUCCUCGCCCCCAGAUGGGAUGUGGGCCACAACAACCUCUGCCUCUCCCAUUCCAUUUAUCUGACCCCACUCUACCCACUCCUCCCCCUCUUUUCCCUCUCCCUCCUCAUCCCCUCUCUCCUCCUCCCCCGCUCCGCCCCAGCCUUCUGUUCCCCCCUUGAUGAACACAACAAUGGGCCUUCAGGUGCUGGCUGUGGCCCUCCAUUUUCUGGAAGCUCGCAGCCUCUGCACCCACAGCCCUCCGACCCCCUCUCGUUGAAUACAACGAUGGGCCUUCAGGUGCUCACAGCUCGCAACCUCUGGACGGAGGGCUACUGGGUGUGGGCUGGCGCUGCAGUCGGUGUCGCCUUCACUCUCCUCUGCAUCCUGCUUACAAUCCUCGCACUAGAGUACCUCAACCCGUGGCCAAGAGCCCAGCCAGUGAUCUCGCAGCAUCAGCUAGACGCCAGGGAGACAGCCCUGGCUGGCACCAACCUGGACUUCGCCUCGCGCUACUCCUCCCUGCGCUCCCUCACGCUGACUCAACCCUCGAUUUUUGAGACCCUCGCGCUACUCCUCCCUGCGCUCCCUCACGCUGACUCACCCCUCGAUUCCUCAUUCUCCGUCUCCAACCACCCCCCUGCUCUUCCCCUUUUCCCCCUCCUCCCCCCCCCUCUCUCUCCUCUUCCCCCCAGCAUGGCCAAAGGCCCAGCCAGUGAUAUCGCAGCAUCAGCUGGACGCUCGGGAAGCAUCUCUAGCCGGCACCAAUUUGGACUUUUCCUCACGCUACUCCUCCCUUCGCGCCCGCACGCUCUCCCGCACCGGCUCCACUGCCACGGCCCGCUUCCUCGCCAGCAACCGCUUCCGCUCCCCCAAGAGCCUUGCCAGACCUUCCGCUUCUGCGCGCUCGCUCGGAUUUUUUUCUUCGGGCAGCCCAGCGCCUCUGCUGCCUCUGGUGCUGUUGGGAAUGUGGGUGAGAGCACGGGAGUCAGUGCAAUCAGCAGCACAGGCGGAAGGGGUAAGAAGCAGCGGCAGAGGAAAGCGGAUUCGUUUAUGAGUGAUGCUGGUAUGGUGAGUGGAGUUAGUAACACAGGAGGAGAGGAGAAGCAGCGGCAGAGGAAAGCAGUCUCGUUUUUGAGUGAUGGGGAUGCGAGUGAAGGUGGGGCGGUAGCGGCACAGGAGGAGGAGGAGGAGGAGGAGGAGGAAGAGGAGGAGGAGGAGGAGGAGGAGGAGGAAGAGGAGGAAGAGGAGGAAGAAGAGGAGGAGGAGGAGGAGGAGGAGGAGGAGGAGGAGGAGGAGGAGGAGGAGGAGGAGGAGGAGGAGGAGGAGGAGGAGGAGGAGGAGGAGGAGGAGGAGGAGAGAAGCAGCGGCAGAGAAAACCAGUCUCGCCAGCACGGCAUGGUCCUCCCCUUUGAUCCGCUCACCCUCUCCUUCCACAACGUCAACUACUAUGUCGACAUGCCCGCCGAGCUAAAAGACAAGGCCGCGCCGCCCGGCCAGCGGCUGCAGCUGCUGCACAACGUGUCCGGCGUGUUUCGUCCCGGAGUGCUGACUGCCCUGAUGGGGGUGUCUGGGGCGGGGAAGACCACGCUAAUGGAUGUGCUGGCAGGGAGGAAGACCGGGGGGUACAUAGAAGGGGAUAUCCGCGUGUCUGGGUACCCGAAAGUGCAGGAGACGUUUCUGAGGGUGUCGGGGUAUUGUGAGCAGGUGGAUAUCCACACGCCCCAGGUGACCGUGCAUGAGUCUCUGCUCUACUCCGCCUGGCUGCGGCUGCCUGAGGAGAUCGACCGAGAUGUCAUCCUGGAAUUCGUGGAGGAGGUGAUGGGGUUGGUAAAGCUAGAGCCGGAAUUCGUGGAGGAGGUGGAGGAGCUGGUGGAGCUAGAGCCGGUGAAAGGAGCGCUGGUGGGAACGGCAGGGCAGGACGGGCUGUCGGUGGAGCAGAGGAAGCGGCUGACCAUCGCAGUGGAGCUCGUAGCCAACCCCGCCAUCAUCUUCAUGGAUGAACCCACCUCAGGUGCCACCUCCCUCUCAGGUACCACCGUCCCUUCAGCCGGGCAGGAUGGUCUGUUGGACUGGGCAGAAGCCUCUUCCUCACCCGCCGUCCUCUUUGUAGACGUUUUUCUUUUAGGCACCUCAGAAGAUUUUGACCUGCCUGGAUGCGAGGGCAGCGGCCAUAGUGAUGAGGGCGGCCUGGAUGCGAGGGCAGCAGCCAUAGUGAUGAGGGCGGUGCGCAACACAGUCAACACGGGCCGCACAGUCGUGUGCACCAUCCACCAGCCGUCCAUCGACAUCUUUGAGGCGUUCGACGAGCUGCUGCUGAUGCAGCGGGGAGGAGAAGUCAUCUACGCGGGGUCACUGGGGGCACAGUCAUGCGACCUCAUUCGCUACUUCAAGUCCAUCCCAGGGGUGCAGCCAAUCCAGCCCGGGGCCAACCCUGCAGCGUGGAUGCUCGAGGUCACGGCCCCAGCAGCAGCAGAGAGGCUUGGCGUCGACUUUGCCCAGCUGUUCCGCCAGUCGGAGAAGUUCAGGUCAAUAGAGGCACUCAUCCAGGAAUCCAGCGUGCCUCCCGAAGGCGAGCCGGACCUGUUCUUCCCAACGCAGCACCCCACCACACCGCUCUCCCAGUUCGCGACCCAUUUGUGGAAGCGGCACCUCAUGUACUGGCGCAUGCCCGACUACAACGGUGCGCGCUUCUUCUUCUCCUUCUUCAUGGCUCUCCUCAUCGGCGGCGUCUUCUUCGCCUUCGGAAACUCCCACGACACGCCGCAGCAGAUUGUGAACGUCAUGGGUGCUCUCUACACUGCUGCUCUCUUUCUCGGGUGGAGCAAUCUCACAUCGAUCCAGCCGAUGUUGGCCGUGGAAAGGAGUAUCUACUACCGGGAGCGGGGCGCCGGGAUGUAUGGAGCAAUCCCGUACGCACUCGCGCAAGGGGCGGUUGAGCUUCCAUACCUGCUGAUUCAGGCUGUGGUGUACUCGUUAAUAACAUACUCGAUGAUUCGGUUCGAGUGGACGCACUGGAAGUUCCUGCUGUACCUGCUGUUCCAGUUCCUCACAUUGCUCUACUUCACGUGUUUCGGCAUGAUGACGAGUGCCAUCACGCCCGCUGAAGGGCUUGGGAUGCUUCUCUCUGCCUUCAUCUACUCCUUCUGGAACCUUCUCUGCGGCUUUCUCCUGCCGCAGCCGAACAUCCCAAUGUACUGGAAAUGGCUGUAUUGGUUAAAUCCUGUCGCGUGGACCCUCUACGGCCUUGCUGCUUCCCAGUUGGGAGAUGUAACGACCCUAGUGGCGAGUCCACCGGGCAUGCCACCUCAGACGGUAUCGCAGUUCAUCCAGCUCUACUACGGCUUCUCCCACAACUGGCUGGGUUACGUCACAGUCGCUCUGCUUGGCUUCUCCUGCCUCUUCUUCUGCGUGUUCACCUUUGCCCUCCGCAACCUCAACUUCCAGAGGCGAUAG